CGAUGCGGUCCGGAGGAGCAGGAGGAGGAGGCGGCGGCUGCCCCUGGGUGGGCCUGGCCGCGGUGCUGGCCGCCCUGCUGGGGACCCCCGCGGGCGCCUCGGGGCAGCAGUACCACGGCGAGAAGGGCAUCUCCGUGCCGGACCACGGGUUCUGCCAGCCCAUCUCCAUCCCGCUCUGCACGGAUAUCGCCUACAACCAGACCAUCCUGCCCAACCUGCUGGGCCACACCAACCAGGAGGACGCGGGGCUGGAGGUGCACCAGUUCUACCCGCUGGUCAAGGUGCAGUGCUCGGCCGAGCUCAAGUUCUUCCUCUGCUCCAUGUACGCCCCGGUCUGCACCGUGCUGGAGCAGGCCAUCCCGCCCUGCCGCUCCCUCUGCGAGCGGGCCCGGCAGGGCUGCGAGGCCCUCAUGAACAAGUUCGGUUUCCAGUGGCCCGAGCGGCUCCGCUGCGAGAACUUCCCCGUCCACGGCGCGGGCGAGAUCUGCGUGGGCCAGAACACUUCGGACGCUCCUCCGGGGCCCGGCGGGGCGGCGGGCCGGGGGGCCACUGCCCACCCCACGGCUGGCUACCUCCCCGACUUCCUCACGCCGCCCCAGCCCCCCGCCGGCUUCUCCUUCUCCUGUCCCCGGCAGCUAAAGGUACCCCCGUACUUGGGGUACCGGUUCCUGGGGGAACGGGACUGCGGGGCCCCGUGCGAGCCGGCCCGGCCCAACGGGCUCAUGUACUUCAAGGAGGCAGAGGUGCGAUUCGCCCGGCUCUGGGUGGGCGUCUGGUCCGUCCUCUGCUGCGCCUCCACCCUCUUCACCGUGCUCACCUACCUGGUGGACAUGCGGCGCUUCAGCUACCCAGAGCGGCCCAUCAUCUUCCUCUCGGGCUGCUACUUCAUGGUGGCAGUGGCCUACGCAGCAGGGUUCCUGCUGGAGGAGCGGGUGGUGUGCCUGGAGCGCUUCUCCGAGGACGGCUACCGCACUGUGGCCCAAGGCACCAAGAAGGAAGGCUGCACCAUCCUCUUCAUGAUCCUCUACUUCUUCGGCAUGGCCAGCUCCAUCUGGUGGGUCAUCCUGUCCCUCACCUGGUUCCUGGCUGCCGGCAUGAAGUGGGGACACGAGGCCAUCGAGGCCAACUCCCAGUAUUUCCACCUGGCCGCCUGGGCUGUGCCCGCUGUCAAAACCAUCACCAUCUUGGCCAUGGGGCAGGUGGAUGGGGACGUCCUCAGUGGGGUGUGCUACGUGGGUAUCUACAGUGUGGACUCUCUGCGGGGCUUUGUGCUGGCACCCUUGUUUGUGUACCUCUUCAUUGGCACUUCCUUCUUGCUUGCUGGCUUCGUCUCCCUGUUCCGCAUCCGCACCAUCAUGAAGCACGACGGCACCAAGACGGAGAAGCUGGAGAAGCUGAUGGUGCGCAUCGGGGUCUUCAGCGUCCUCUACACGGUGCCUGCCACAAUUGUCCUGGCUUGUUACUUCUAUGAGCAGGCCUUCCGUGGCACCUGGGAGAAGACGUGGCUCCUCCAGACCUGCAAAACUUACGCUGUGCCCUGUCCCAGCCACUUUGCUCCCAUGAGCCCGGACUUCACUGUCUUCAUGAUCAAGUAUCUCAUGACCAUGAUUGUUGGUAUCACGACUGGCUUCUGGAUCUGGUCUGGCAAAACCCUUCAGUCCUGGCGACGCUUCUACCACAGACUGAGCACCGGUAGCAAAGGGGAGACGGCGGUAUGAGACCCCCCCUAAUCCCCUCUGGAGCACACACACACACACACACACGUGCAGAGGAGAGGGGCACCCAGCAGGCAAUGGCUCCCUGGAGGCAGGGAAGGGAGAGAGCUUUUCCAAACUUUUUCUUCCUCACUGGCAGUUUAAAAAAAAAAAUUAUUGGUGUAAAGGAUCAGAGGGGCUGUGUCCAGUAUGUCCAGCUAAGUGGAAGAGCACAGAAGAGGCCAACGAGGGGAUGAGGAAGUAGUUUACCCACUAGAAGUCUCUCUAUCUCUCUCUACCUCUGUGCAGGAAAAAAUCGAAAUAAACCAGAAACAAGUAAAACCAUCUUGCUUUGCUUUGGACCAGAGGGAGGGGAAGCCAGAUCUGUUCAGCAGUAGCCAAACCCUCUCUGAACUGCUGUGGUCCAGCCGGAGCUCAGCGCCCGAGCUGGAGCCACCACGUGAGUACCACACGCCAGCGACAGCCCAGACCCUGCUGGGGAGACGCCUUUGCUCUGCCAGCUCACAAGUUCCUUUUUUACCUCAAUCAUACCUGUUUCAAUUGUUUGAAAGUGAAAAUUCGGCCCUCAGUCUGUUCUUGCUGCUGUGUGGAAGGAGGGGGUCGGUAUUGCAUACCCUGAAAAGAAAUGACUUGUUGCUUUUCAGCAGAAGGCUUUUCCCCCUUGCCUUUGUUCUAGGAGACAAAGGGUGAAACAAAAGUGUUUUCUAUGUAGAAAGGCGUAAGCAUGGGAUCAGUUUUUAUGGGCAAACUAACAAAAAGAAGUCGUUGAGGUUCACCCUUGGAUGUGAGGAGCUCCCAGAAAUAAAACAUUCCUUUUAUGAAGAAAGGAGGAGGCAGGAUGUUCCCCUACCCUUCAGCAUGGGUCGCUUUUCUCAGCCCAAAGAAACACAAGACGUAGAGGGCAAGAAGAGCAUAACUGAAAGCAUCUGCCAAAACAAGAGCCAUUAGAAUAUGGAACGUAAAGAUAGGAUUUUUUUUUCUUUCCUUCCCUUCCCAUAAACCUGCUUUCUCUCCUGCUUUGCUGUGGGCUCUCUGCAGUUAAAGUCCAUACACAGAUGGCUUUUGGGGACAGCAGGAAUCCUUUUGCCUCCCGGUGAACCCUUUGCCUGUUCCUCAGGUUCCCUGCACUGCAUGGCAAUGAUUUCUGGUGCAGGAAAGGGCUGAGGCUCCCAAGCAAGCAGUUACUACAAAUGAGGAGCCUUCUUCUUUCAGCUGAAAUACAACUGGUUAAGUUUCCAGUGAUCAUGUCUUGGAAGGGAAGGCAUUAAAAAAUUUAUCACCUAAUGCAUCGUUUUCUUUUUGAAAUGUGACAGAUUUUUCUAUUCUGAAAUUUCUAUGUUAACUUGUUCUUUUUUUUUUUUUUUUUUUCCCUUUACUUCUUUACCUUUAUAUUCACCGAAGGGUUGUUUUUAUGAGAGUGUGUGUGUGUGUGUAUUCUUGCCUAAGGACAAAAUAGGAAACUCUGGAUUUUUAGCAAGUCUCCACCCUUUAGCUGCUCUUCAUUUUUGGGGGGAAAAGUGUCUGGAAUGAAACUUAAAAAGAAAAAAAACCUGUUCAGGUGGAGGGGACAGACUGCUGCUGUCUGAGAGCAUACCAGUAGUCUGAGCACAAGGAAUUGGGCCCACCAGCCAAAUCCUUCAGUCAAUCUGAUCUCACACUUGCUUGGGAUUUUUGUCUUCUAUAAUGUGCACGUGGAUGAGUAAGAUAAAAACAACCAUGUAAGACAAGUGCAGUAUGUAUAUUUUGUAAAUCUUGGUUUUGUAAGAAAAUGUAUUUAUGUUUUUACUUGAUUUUUUUUUUUUUUUUUUUUGGAAGGUCUGUAUGAGGGCCUGCUUCAUCCCAUGUACAGAUCACUAAAUAAAUAAUUUUUAAUACAA